AUGCAUCGGCUUGACAACGUCACCGUUCGAGCCUAUAUUUCAACACGUGUAUGUAUGGGAUUAUCUCUAGCAUUUGACAGGCUUCAGAUAGCGUCGUCAAUGUGUGUCAGUUCCAUUGUGAGAUGGUUCGUGAAGCUAGUUGUGCCUUUAAAAUCCCCCGUUUUCCCCAGGAUUUUCAUCCUCACAUCCCCGCUUUGGCUUUGUUGUAUCAAUCCGGACAUCCCAUUAAUUUCCUUUUCGAUUACUCAUCUUUUUCGACAAUGGGUCAUUAUGGGGGUAUCGAUCUACGAUUCCCCUCAAGAGAAGGUGGGAUUCACGAUCCCUCUAUUCGAAGCGGGAAUACGCUUACUAACAUCUGGUUUCUUCAACAUGAUUGUGGACCACUAUGGAUUUUCGAUCGACGAGUUGACCCCGAGCGUUGUUAAUAAAAUCAUCGAUUUUGAACCGAUUUUUCGAUCUUUAGGGUGUCGGUUUUUGAAAACACGAGACUAUCCUGACCGCCUUCCCAAACUAUUCGGGAGCAAACUAACUCUUGGCAAACGACUACGAAACAUUACUGCUGUUGGGGAGAAUUUGGAAGAUUCCGUUCUUGCUGCAGCUAGUAUGAGUGCUGCCUGGCGAGCUCGUUGGAAGAUGACGCAAUUAUACGUCGUGAGAUGCAGUGCUAAAGUCGAGAUUUCACUAGAGAUGGCCCUGCGCAGUCACUAUCGGGGUAGGCUCUAUCACGGGGAGAUUGAUCUUGUAGAAGCUCUUCCCCCUCAUGUAUCUGAAAGACGCAUUCUAGAUUUUGUUGUAUUGCUCUUGGUGGAAGGGGGAAAUGCUGGUUCUAACAGACCUGCUUUGCCUUCCCGGCCAACCGUUAGGGUCAUUUCCCCAGUUCGUUUGCUGGCUCCUACUCCUUCUGGAUUGUUUGUGGUGGUACAGGCGUCACCCUCACCAUAUGCUGGUUCACCCUUGGUUAAUCUUGAUUCUGGCUCUAUGUCUGGGGUGCGUCGACCGCCGACCGGGUUUGUGGUGCCAGUGAAAAUGAUAGGUAGUUGUAAGUAUUGCAAGGAGAAAGGUGUACUGGAGAGUGAGUUUCCCAGGUGCCAACAUCACCUGGCUCGUGCUCAUGUUGAUGGUGCAGUUGCUCGAGGUGGUUUGCAAUGGAUGCUAGAGAAAGGAGUGGUUUGCGUAAUUGAUAAAGUCAUCGAGAGUGCGGAAUUUGACAACCGGAUCCAGGGUGUUCGUGAGGCACGUGAGGCCCUUGGGUUUGAAAAGGGGAAGCAACUAGGUGGUUAUUCCACCAGUUCGGAGAACCUGAAGUCCCAAAUCCUGGCCGUGUUGUGA